AUGGAAUUAGGCUGCACAGGUUGCUGGAUUAGUCAUUCCUCAACCUCCUCUGAAACUGCCAACGCCUCAGCUUCACGAACCAAGAUACCACCACGAGGUGAGACAUGGAGUCAUGGAACUCAGGAGCAUUUGGAGGGCUCCGUUCACAAUAUUGGCAAACUCCCCCAUGCUUUCGCGGAUCUCUCCACGCACACUGCUGAGAAUGGUGUUGACUGGAGUUCUGGUUUCCUCGGUUUGCUAUUCAUUGAUGAAUCUUGA